UCCAACAAUUCCGCGGCACUUGUGACCCAUGACGCUCCUUCCAAUGGAAAAUGGGGAAGGCAUUCUCUGCGCAUUAAAGUGUUUUGAGCAGGAAAAACCUCUGUCUAUACCAUCAAUUCUCGAAGAUUACAUCAAACAGAUAUCCAGAAAUGGACAAACAAGGCUUCCUUGGAUAUAUGUAAAACCAUUGCUACUACAUAAGUACAACAAAGUGGUCGACUCAUUCAUAUCGGAAGGGAGUGGUUUAGAUUACUCAAUGUUAGCUACCCCACCUCACUUAAGUGAACUUAGGCAGCGAGUGUUCAAUACUCUCAAAAGACUUGAUGGAAUACCUUUUACUAUUCAGAGAAUUUGCGAACUAUUUGAUAGUCCUACUCGUCACUACCAAAGAGUGGAUAAGUUCCUGAGAGGACUAGAGAAGGUUUGUAUGGUGGUAUCCACAGUAGAUCCUUAUGGAAACAAAAUUCACCAAGAAGAUCCCAGGUUCCCAAGUCGUGCUGGUUUGGAUGACUGUGGGUUAUUAAUAGAGGGUUCUAUUACUUCACCACCCACCUCUCCACCUCCUGAGAAUCCUCAAGUACACCAUAUUUCCAAGUCCUCAGAUGAAGAGGUUACUGAAGAAGAUGACGAAGGUGAGGAUAAUAGUAGUGAUGGGAGUGAUGAACGACAAUCACCAAAAGCUGAUCAUAGUAUGAAUCCAAAUCCAUUAAUGAACAACUCUUGUGCAAGUUCGUGGCUUUUCAAAGCACAAAAUUCAUUGAAUCUUCCACACACUCCUCCAAUGCCGUUUCGUAGUUCUGUUUCCAAAACCAGGUUGGCUGACCAGUCUUUAACAAGUGCUCCUUUACUCAGUGGUUUGUGUGGUAGUCUUCUCUCUGCAUACUCGAAUAAUGACGAAGAUUACGACCAACUUAAUCGAUCGUCAGAAAACAAACAUACUGAUUCUAAUACCCAAGUUAAUUCCGAUCACUUAUCGUCUGUUGGAUCUAGCUUCUGCUCUGAGUCGUCUGAGUGUUUACAUGCUCUACCUGUAGAAUCUAACCUACAAGAAAAACCAUCAGAUGCUUCACAUAAACUCUCUUCAGUUGUACAAGAUGAAAUACAAGAUAAUUCUCUUCCAUGGAAUGAGGCGACUAAAAUGCCAAUCGUCAACUCGGAAACAUUGGAAGACACGAUAGCUCAGUGUGAUAAACCAGAUGAAGUAUCUAGCAGUGGUAUUAAACCUUCAGUUUCCAAUGUAAACCGAAAUGAUUCGCCUUCCAGAAGAUUAGAGCUCGACACAACUGGAGAUGAAAGUGAUUUGGCUGGUUGUCAAGUUCUGAGACCUAUUGGUCAACUUGAAGCAUUUGUACAAAACUUAAAUUCUGAAGUUUCUAGCUCAGUAACGUCUGUACCAUUGCACAGUGGGUCUCCAAAAUCCACAAGCGACCCAUCUGCUCAUUUGAGUUGUGUAUCAUCUAUGGAGGACCUAAAUCAUCAGGGAUCAAUUACUUCAUCUAACUCACUCUUACCUGUUUUGGUUGGGGUUAGACGUCCCCGUUCACCAGGAAUGGAUUCUAGUGGUAGUGAUCCUAAUGUUUCAACAAGCAAAGAUGCAGAUUUGUCAGAAAGUCCCGCCAAAAGACGUAGACUUCCGUCUUCAGAUUUAACUGAAACGGUAGAAUCUAGUACAGAUUCAUUAGUUGGCAUUAGUUUCCAGAUUGUGACUUCAUCAUCUUUGGCACUGAAUGAUUCUCCUCCCAUUAUUAUGUGUAAUCCUACGAAUCAAACUCGUGAUAUGGAUUCUGGUGAAUGCAUUUUCGAAGCUUCAGAAAAUCCUAGUUCUGGUCAGUCUGUAGUCGAUCCAAUCUCAGCUAGUGAUAACAUAUCUAACUUACAUGAAGUAGUGAACAUUAGUUUCGCACAAAAUUCUGAGUCAAGUUCAGAAUCUGUAGAAGGAAGUGAGACAGCUUUGAUAAACAAUGAUAAUAUUGGUCUAUCAACUGUAAACUUGUCGAAUAUUAAUUCGGAAACCGGAGAGGAAGAGUCAUAACAUCUCUUUUUUAAUCAUAACUACCAAUGUUUUCUAGAAAAAUAUUGUGGUUUCAAGAAAUUUCAUAAAAAUACUUUUUAAGUGUAUAUCAUAUUACUUUUAUUAUCGUUGUAAAAUUUUUGAAACUGCUUGCUGUUUUCAGAUUUUCUGAUUGUAAUCGUUAUUUUUAAUAUUAUUUCGUUAGUCAAGCUUGAUGCAGUGUACUAUUCGUAACUAUAUAUCAGUCUUUAAAAUUGAUAGAGGGCAAUCUCAUUUAUCGGUUAUUUUGGUGUUUUAAGUGGCUUAUUUUGUUUCUCAUUGUAAAUCUCACUCUUAAACAACUUGCAUCGUUUAGUUUCGAGACGAAAGAUGUUAUCAUUUGACAAUUUGAAUCUUAUUUUACUUUUUGCCGACAGUCAAUUUAAUAACAUUUUACCACACAAAUUAAAGAGUUCCUGUCAGAACUUCUGGGAUUUAUCACCGUACUGGUAAUUACUAAGCAAUGAAGGCCUUCUGUAUUGUGAAUAGUUUCUACGACAGAUAUAAUUUUUUUCUUUGGUUUUCAAGGAGAACAUGAACAAAGAGAAUCAAAUCGUUCAUCAUUUGGGCUUUGUUAUUAAUCGAUUCAGUGGAGUCAUCUUUAUUUACUUCAAUCGUUUCAUUCAAUGGAAUAAUUUUCAACUUAUCAAUUAUAUUAUUCUCUUUUUGUGAAGCACCUUCAGAUUGUG